UCUCCACGUUUAUGAAAAUCAGAAGAGAGAGUAUGUUUCUCGCAUUAUAAAAUGAAUAAAUAACUGCUUUCCCCAAAUUUGCAAUUCUGGAAUGAAGUUUCCAUAGAGCUGUGCCACUCUGAGAAGACGCACGUCACAUUCCAAAGAUGUCGUCAGUCCAACGAGCCUUUGCUCACAAGUUGAGCAAGCAGCAUGCAGCAGACGUGAGACGACAGAUCGCGAGCUCCACCUCGUACUCCAGAGAUUUGUCGAAGAGUGGGAGCAGUGUUUCGGGUUUUUCCUCGACAAUGUCCCUCUGCGAGGUGCUGGAGCCACUGGACUACGAGGAUUUUCUCAAUCAGCAUCAGACCAUCCUGGACAGGGAUCCGCUGCGACCAAUCCUGGAUUUUCCCCCUGGGGAUGUCGAGCUGAGAGUGAUUAAGAGGAAAAUCAGGACUGAGGAGCCGGUGAUUCCUUUUGAAUCGCUUGACACAGUGUCUCCUUACGUUCGAAGAUGUAUCGACACGUUCACCUCCGACUGGCUGGUAGUCCACCGUAAAUACAAAGGGCGAAUCUCCCCAAUUGCCCGCGAACGCCUCCUCCAAGACACCCCUCGCCAAGACUUCGAGGUCGACCAGGAGGACACUGGCUCAGGUUCCCCAGAGGAGGAGGACCUCUCGUGCACCGAGACCCCUCGAGGCUCCUGGGCGAGCCUGGACCUGCGUCACUCCCAGCACGACCCUCUGCUCCCUGGGAUCCUCGAUCGGGUCUGCCCAGAGACAGUCGACCAGGUGAACGAGCAGAAACGCUGCGAGGACCGUCAGGAGGCAGUCUUCCCCCUCUACGCCCUCCCAACGUCCCCCGACGACGAAUGGCAGGAGAUAACAGCAGCUGUCGAGCCCUCGGAGCCCUUCUCCCACCGAGUCCUGGUGAAGUGCCUCCAGCUGAAGCUUGAACUCGAGGUUGAGCCCAUCUUCGCUUGUCUGGCCCUCUACGACGCGAGGGAGAGGAAAAAAGUUUCCGAAAAUUUUUACGUCGACAUGAACUCCGACAGCCUGAAGAGAAUGCUGGGGGGGCACAUUGCGUACAGCGACGCCAGCACAUUGGCCAGAAGCUGUGUCUUGAGCAUCAGUAAACCCAGUCCAGAUUUGUUUCUGGUGGUGAGACUGGAGAAGGUCCUCCAGGGUGACAUCUCAGAGUGUGCGGAGCCUUAUCUGCGCGACGACAAGAACAGGGACAAGGUGAAGGCAGCUGCCCUGGCCGCCUGCGAACGUCUGGGGAGGUACAGGAUGCCCCUGGCCUGGACUGCAAUCCACCUCUCUGGGGUCAUUGGAGGUGGGGGGGACACUGACAGCACUGGGAGUGCUGGAUCACUCGACAGAAAAUCCGGGGGGUUGGAGCAGUGGAGAAAGAAGGUGGAGCCACCCACGAGGAGAGGCUCCCUAGAGCGGCGAAGUUCCGACAAACGAAGGAGCUGGUCACCCGACGACUUCGCCAACUGCCUCGACAGUUUUCGUCCAAUAACCCUCACAGUCUCCAGUUUCUUCAAGCACGAGAGCGAGCGACUGAGGGAUGAGGACCUCUACAAGCUCCUGGUGGAGCUGAGGAGACCCGGCUCCAACCUGAAACGACUGAAGUGUCUUCCAGGCAUUUUAAAGCUUGACUUGAGCCCCAGACCCGACGAUCUUCCCAGGUGCUUGGAUCCUGACCUGAGGAGACUGUCCCCCUACCCCGACGAGAAGAACAGACCGAUCAAGGAGAUUCUGGAGUUCCCAGCGGAUAUUGUCUGUCCAGACUUGCUGUACAGAAAUCUUCUCUACGUUUACCCGAAGGAGGUGAACUUCAGUUCUAGAACGGGUUCAGCAAGGAACAUCGCAGUGAGGAUUCAACUGAUGGGGGGUGAGCAGGAGUCAGACGCAUUGACAGCCAUUUUUGGCAGAUCAUCGUGCCCUGAGAUGACACACGAAGCUUUCACUUCAGUUUCCUACCACAAUAAGAACCCAAGCUUCUACGACGAAGUGAAGAUCAGACUGCCAGCAGAUCUCAGUGCCAGGCAUCACUUAUUAUUCACCUUCUACCACAUAUCAUGCCAGAAAAAGGCAGAGCAGCCCAACGUGGAGACCCCAGUGGCCUACACCUGGCUGCCCCUCGUCAGAGAUGGCCACCUCCAGUCUGGGGAGUUCAGCCUCCCAGCAAUGCUGGACCCACCCCCCUCAAACUACUCGUACAUAGCCCCUGACGUGCAACUACCUGGCACCAGAUGGGUGGACGCUCAUCGAGGAGUCUUCAGCGUCAUCCUGGAGCCCAUCUCCAGCGUUCACCCGCAGGACAAAUACAUCGACAAGUUCUUGUCUCUGUGUGGGAGCCUGGAGACGGGCCAGGUGCCACCGAGAAUUGGUGAGGCUGGUAUGGAGUCUGAAUUGAAGUCAGCGCUGCUAGAAUUAUCCAAAGCAGCCAGUGCUGCCCUUGUUCGUUGCUUUCCCCAAAUAUUUGAUCAGCUCAUUUCGCUGCUGGUGCACCCACCCACUCUCCCCUCGCAGCCGUUGAACGUUGCUGCCACUGUCUUCGAAGCAAUUGGCCUGCUCGUCAGAAACAUCACAAACAUGCCUGACGGACAGGUGGACGCUCACGGUCGUCACGCCCUGCUGGCCACCUACACAGCCUUCCAGUGUUCAAUCCCCCGAAUGUCGCAGGGCCCCUCCGUAAUCCGCGCCCAGAGCAAUCCAGACUUGCCAGUGGAAGACCUGGAGAUGGAGAUUCACGCCCGUGGCCUCGACCGAACGGCCUCGAUGCGCCAGGAAUCCCCCUCCAUAAACAGUCACAUCGCCAGACGUCUCCUGCACGAGGAGCUGGCCCUGCACUGGGUAGUCUCCACAGGCCAAGCCCGAGAGCUGGCUGUGAUCCACUCCUGGUUCUUCCUCGAGCUAAUCGUUCGUUCCAUGGUGAUUCACCUCGCUGAGGUGGGAAGCCUCGAGGCCCCCCGAAAGAGCAGAUACUCCCCCCAAUUCUCAGACGACGUGGCCACCCUGACAGCAGCGUUGACCUCAGAAGUGAUAAAUCGCUGUGGAAAAGACCCCCGAGUCUCCUCAAACCUCAUCUCCAGCAUCGGCAACUUCCUCUCGGACCUCCUCUCCACGAUGGACCGAGGAUUCAUCCUCUCCCUGAUCAGGGCCACCUGUUGCUCCUUGACGGACGCCUCGAUGCACGUGCCAGACUCAGCAGCCCUCUUCUCCUUGAAACUCGAUCUGGUUCGCACAAUCUGCUCCCACGAGCACUACGUGGCCCUCAACCUCCCCUUCGGCACUGGCUACACAUCAGGAUCAGCCCCAGCCUCCCCCAGUCCCUCCACAGGCAGUUCAGGCAGUCUAAUCUCAACAUUAGUCCCAGGUGAGCGAGCGAGGUUCUCAGAAUUGAGCCAAGAAUUUCGUCAACAGCACUUUCUGGUGGGACUGGUCCUCUCGGAUCUGGCGAACACCCUGGAGAUCCCCAAUCCAAUGCUCCAGAAUAAGGCCAUUGGGUCGGUGAGGCACCUGAUGAAUCUCCACGAUGGUGACCCCAGGUAUUCGGAUCCAGCGGCCAAGGCCAGGGUGGCUGCCCUCUAUCUGCCGUUAUUAAACAUCCUCAUGGAUGCUCUGCCCCAGUUGUACCACUGGGACUCGAAGGACAAGAGUGUUUAUACUGAUGAGUCAGGGUCCAUCACUCAGUCAGUGGCUCUUGCCAUCGCUGGUGGGGGCUCUGCUGACGUUGGGGCCCAGUGUCGAGUGUCUCUGAGCUCAGAAGCCACAAGGCACCUCCUCAUGUGCUUCCUGUGGGUGCUGAAGGGUCUCGAGAAAUCGGCUCUUGCCCAGUGGUGCUCGGAGCUGAGUGCUCGACGAGUCCUCAAUUUUCUGCAGGUCCUCAGCAUCGCAACAGCUGCCUUCGAGUACAAAGGAAAGAAAGCACUGAAGAGGCUCCCCCAGCAGGCGACAGCCACCAGUGACAUCAGGUCACGACUCGAGGAUGUCAUCCUGGGGCAGGGAAGUGCCAGGAGUGAGAUGAUGCUGAGAAGGAAGGAGAGAAUAACUGGGGAUAAAUUGAGGUGGAGGAAGGAUCAGAUGCCUUACAGGGGCAAUGAACAGCCUGAGGGACGAGCUGUGGAGCAAGACGCCCAUAUUGAGGGGGCACUCGCUGCUGAGGCCUCCCUCGUCGUUCUAGACAGUCUCGAGUGCGUUGUGCAAGCUGAUUGUGGUGGGGGGGCAGUGGUGGGUGCUGUUCUCAAGGUACUACUCAGGGCUCUAGCCAGGAAUCAGAGCACCUCUGUCCUCCAGCACAUGUUCAAUACUCAAAGGGCACUGGUCUUCAAGUAUCACAGUGCCCUCUUCGAUGAGGAGAGCGAGAGAUGUGGGGAUUUGUGUCUCACACUGUUGACCAGGUGCAGCUCUCCGUUGAGUGCCAUCAGGAGUCACGCUGCUGCCAGCCUCUACCUCCUCAUGAGACAGAAUUUCGAGAUUGGAAAUAACUUUGCUAGGGUCAAGAUGCAGGUGACGACGUCCCUGUCGGCUUUGGUUGGGAGGGGGAGGGCUCCCAGUGAGGGGGCACUUCGCAGAGCCCUGAAGACCGUUCUCGUUUAUGCAGAGAGGGACAGUGAACUCGCUGACACCAGCUUUCCUGAGCAAGUCAAGGAUCUUCUGUUCAAUCUUCAUAUGAUUCUUUCGGAUACUGUUAAGAUGAAGGAGUUCCAGGAGGAUCCUGAGAUGCUGCUGGACCUCAUGUACAGGAUUGCGAAGGGAUAUCAGGGCUCUCCAGACUUGCGGCUGACUUGGCUUGCAAAUAUGGCCCAGCAGCACAUGGAGAGGAAGAACCACACCGAGGCCGCAAUGUGCCUGGUGCAUUCAGCAGCCCUCGUUGCCGAGUACCUUCACUUGCUGGAGCCUGGUGGUGGUGGCAGACCCGUGGGGGCUGUUGCACUGGCCCCAGUGACUCCGAAUGCUCUCGAGGAGAGCGCUGUUGGGGACGACGUCCUCGCCAGAAGAGAAGAGGGGCUCUGUCUGGGCCCUGAUUUCUCGGAGAGUGGACUCGCUGGCCUCCUCGAGCACGCAGCCUCCUCCUUUCACGCUGCUGGCAUGUACGAGGCCAUACCAGACGUCUACAGGGUACUUCUACCCAUCGCAGAGUCAGCACACGAUUACAAGAAACUGGCGAAUAUCCACGGAAAGCUGCACGAGGCGUACACGAGGGUGGAGCAGCUCUCUGGGAAACGAGUCUUCGGUACUUACUUCAGGGUGGGAUUCUACGGGGCACGCUUCGGAGAUCUCGCUGGGGAGGAGUUUGUUUACAAGGAGCCAACCCUCACGAAAUUACCGGAAAUCUUCUCCAGGCUGGAGAAUUUUUAUGCCGAACGAUUUGGAGUGGAGAAUAUCGUGAUUAUCAAGGAUUCUAAUCCCGUGGACAUCAGCAAACUCGAGGGGGACAAGGCGUACGUGCAGAUCACGUAUGUCGAGCCCUACUUCGAACCCCAUGAGCUGAGACAUCGACCAACUGUGUUUCACAGGAAUUUUAACAUCAAGAGGUUCGUUUAUGCCACGCCCUUCACUCCCGGGGGGAAGGCACAUGGCGAAUUGAGGGAACAGUGCAAGAGGAAAACAAUAUUGACAGUGGCAACGCAUUUUCCGUAUCUGAAGACGAGAAUCAGGGUUGUGGCGAGGAAGCAGAUUGUUCUCAGUCCGAUUGAGGUGGCCAUUGAGGACAUUCAGAAGAAGACGGCGGAGGUGGCGGCGGCUACUGUGCAGGAGCCGCCCGAUCCCAAAAUCCUGCAGAUGGUGCUGCAGGGGUGCAUCGGAACGACUGUGAAUCAGGGGCCUGCCGAGGUGGCGGUGGUUUUUCUCUCUGGGCUGAGGGAGCAGAAUGCACAGCCCACGAAGCUGCAGCACAAGCUGAGGCUUUGCUUCAAGGACUUUCAGAAGAGGUGCUUGGACGCACUCAGGAGGAAUAAGAACCUCAUUGGGCCGGAUCAGAGGGACUAUCAGAGGGAACUCGAGAGGAACUAUCAGAGGCUCACUGAGAGGCUGGCGCCGCUCAUUGCUUGGAGUGGACCUCCUUCAAUGAUGACAGCAGCCUCCCAAUCCACAGCAUCUCCUCGCUGGUAAUCCGUUCUCACGCACUGCCAUACUUGGAGAAUUACCAAAGAAUUAUAUUCUAUUAUACUUGAGACUAUCAAAUAACUUCAUAUAUAAAAAAGGAUUAUGAAACUAUUAUUGAGGGUAUUCAAGGACAUUAAUGGAGGAUUGCAAGAUUUCUACUGAUGAACAUAAUUGAUUAAUUUGAGUUGAGAAUAAGAACAAAGAUAGAACAAACUAUGAGAAUAGCACGGAACACUUUAUUCGAUCGAAUAGUACUAUAGUAAUUUUUUCAUAGCACUUUUGCGAAGUGAAUUGACAAUUCAAGCUCUCAAUCCACUCGGACUUGGGUAUAGACGCCUUGCUAUUGCUGCGCACAAAUUAUAUGAACUAUAAAUCUUUUUUUAUGGAUGUAACUUAUUUAUUAUUGAUUGAUUAUGCUAAGCUUCUAGGAUUAAGCGAUUUUUAUACAACUCGUAGCUAUUGUCAAUAAAUUGGUGAGAAUUUUAUA